GACGUGCCGGUGUCCGAACUGGGUUCGCCACCAAGACCGAGCGGGCUGCUGCUUACCCCAAACUGCUCUGCGACGCCAUUGCGAAGUUGGUCGUUGAUGUAUUCAAGAAAUCGCUCGCCUUGGAGUUUUGGCGCUAUCAGCUCAGGAUGAAGGCGGCAGAGGUUUCAAGCCUGCAGCAAAAAUGGCUCAUCGAGAUCAACGAAGAACGCAAACUUCGCGGCCUCUCCAUCGCCGACACGAAAAGGGAGAAGCGUGACUUGGAAAGGUCCCUUGAGACCAUGUGGAAUGAGCAAGGGCUUCCAAGGUCUGCAGCGAAGAUUUCGAAGAAGGAGCUUCGGGAGACAGAGAACGACAUGUCGGUCGGCGGGAUGAGAAACCCUGAUCUUGCAGUAGAGCGGCUGACGCUAGUGCGGGAGACGGGAGCAAAGUUGAGAGCCGAGUGGGAGAAGAUCUAUGCGGAGGAGCCGGACUUUGCAGAAGGUGCAAGCGCUGGAAGGAAAGGCUUUUGGCUACACUCGGAG